AUGGACAUACAAUCUUACCAAUGCUAUAACUUUGCUCCACAGUUUGCCCCUCCAAAUGAAGAGUACAAAAAUCGUGAUACGAAAAAUAAAGCUUGGGAAGAAGUGGCUCAAAUAUUGCUACAUGAUUUCGAGGAUCUAGAUGAGGCAAAACAACAAGAAGCAAUUAAACUGAUUCAGCAACGAUGGAAGUCAGCUCGAGAUGCCUACCGCAGAGAUAAAUCAAAAGUAAGUGCUUCAAAAUCGGGCCAAGCUGCAAAGACAUUUAAAAAGUAUAUUUACUUUGAAAAUCUAAACUUUUUAAACAAAACUUUAGACCUUAAUGAAACUGACACAAAUUUUCGUAUGGGUAAUAUGGCAGAGAGUCAAAAUGUAGAAGACAUGUCUGAAAAUGAAGAUGCCAUAAUCGAGUCGGUUUACGAAGAAGAUUCUGUACAUACUCAAACAAAGAAGCGCAGAAAAAAAAACAAGAUAUUGAUGAAAAACUGA